UUACGAAGCAGCAGUGUGGAAGGGAGGGGUGAAAAGAGAGAGAGAGAGAGAGUGCCAGAUUGGGGCGGGCUCUCUCGUAAUCAGAUAGAAUACUGCAGCUCACGCUCAGAUUUCCCAUGCUGUUACCGGCAUGGCUUUGCAGCCCCCUCGCUCUCACAAGUACGCAUCCACACUGGCAUAAAUGCACACGCACUGAGCUUGGAUCUUCUUGCGCACGCACUGGAAAGCAUCUGAGGAGGCAACAGCCUGAUCUUAGUUCUCUCUUCUGCGUUCGCUGGCUCCUGUAGGCUGGUUUUUAGGGAGUGCGUCAGAGGCUGUGGCACACGGAUAUGCCUGGUGAGACUGCACAUCGGAGCGGCCCCUCGCAGGGCCUUGUGGACUCCGGAGAUACACAGUCAGAGCUACUGGGACCAGAUCUGUCUGGUCAAACAUCCAGCUCUUCAGCCUCAACUCCAACUGACAGCGCCUCCAGUCCUUCUCCUAGCAGCCCUCCCAAAGUCUCCCCACUCUAUACACCAUUUGGUCCUCGCCUGGUAAUGGCCAAACCAGCCACUUCUCCUCGUCCACAGCCUGAGGGUGCAAGCUUUGAAUUAGAAGGGUGGUCUGGAACCAUCAGCCGAUCAACAGGCCGGUUCGGUAGAGGAGCCUGCAGACGAGGUCCUGUGAAAAUGGAACGGAUUAAAGUCCUAACUGGAGCAGAAAUAGAAAGUGACUGUCAAGAACCAGAGACCAUGGACACAAGGGUAGUAAUGGGGCAAGAGGCGCUACUGAAGAACAUGGAAACACAGGGUGGAAUGCCACUAGGAAAACAAAGAGCCCAAGAGACAAUUUCAGGUGACCAGACCUCUGAACCUUCUAAAAAAGGUCAAAUGGGACUGGAUGAGAAAGUAAAACUUGACACUGGUCAACUGAGUCCCAUUGUGAACCAGGACAUGAGUUUGCCUUCAACCUCAGAAUCUGAGAGAAUUAUUGGUCAGCUACUUGAAUGUCCAGUCCUAGAGCCCAAAGUAAAAGGUGCAGAAUUGAUCGACAACAGUAUCCUUUUCUCAGACAAUGAGGGAGAGCCUCUGUCUUUAUCUCAGGGUGAAGUGCCUUCCUUGUCAUUUUCCGAGCCUCCCUAUGUUGUUGACCCACAACGCAUUGGUGUCCUCCCAGGACUUGAUCCUGACCGCUAUUAUACAGCCCCUUCUACUCCUAUUAAGAUGGCUUACUGCUCACAUCUCAAACAACAAUGGCGCCCAGGCAGCCCGAGCCAAAGCCCCGGUUCCCCAACUGAUGAGUCUGACCUGUGCUCUCCUCCUACCUCCCCCUCCGGCUCCUACAUCACAGCUGAGGGCGGCAGCUGGACCUCCUACACCUCUAGCACCUCCCACUCCUGCUCCCCGAAUCUAACAGCAGAGGCAGAGUUACAAGAAGCUCCUGCUUGCUACGUCGGGUCCCUCUCAGAGAUUGGAGAUGAACUUGGGGAUGAGCGAACUGGGACUGAGAGAGAAACUUGCCUGUGUAAACCAAACAUACCAGAAUUGUUAGAAGAUGUUUCCUGUGAGGUGGAGAUGCUUACAAGAGAAACAUCCAAGCCUUGUUGGGUAACAGAACAUGACAACAUACAUGCCAACAGGACCAGAAACACAGAGUGCCAUGAGGAGGCAAGGGUGCCUGGAGGCUCUCAGGGGUCAACAGAGAUCCAGAAACCCCCUGAUGUAACCCAAGCUUUUAAUGAUCCAGAUCAUAGUCUGAAACUGGAUUUUAAUGCCUGUGUGUCAGAUCCCCUUGAAGGCCUGAACCCCCUUUUGACACCAGAGGAUAAUGCAACAGCUGCAACUGCACUCGACACAGACAGAACAACCCCUGUCUCCCUCUCCUCAGAGACAGCAGAUUUAGACAGUAACAGUUUAAACCUUGACACAGGAUCCUUUGCUCCUCUGUUCCAUGGGUACUCUAUGGAGGAUGGACCUGGGGGUGAUCCAAUGAUUCCUGCCUCUAUGCUGCCUUUCCAUGGAAGCCUCAUAUUCCAGGCAGAUUCCAUGGAAAUAACCCUGUUCCCUACAGACGAUGACCAUGGCAAUGACGAAGAUGCAUAUGCUGCUGGAGAGGAGGAAGCAGAUGUAGAUGAGUAUGAUGAUGAAGAGGAUGAAGAUUGUGGUGGUGAUGAUGAUGAUGAAGAUAAAGACAAUGGUGCACAACAGCAAGAGGCACCUUGGAGGGGUGGAAGGACAGUGGAAGAUCCCAAUGAGGAUGACACAUCAGCAUCUUUCCUCAACUCACUUUCAGAGAACUCAAUAAAUGAGGGAGUAGAUGAGACCUUUGCUUAUAAGGAUGACACUGAGGAGUCAAUUGAUUCCACAUCUUACAAUGAGGAUGAAGAUGACCAUCUGUACAGCACAGAGAAACACGCUGAACUUGCCCAAGCUUUUCCUGGACCAGAUGAAGCAGUGCAGUCAGUAAGCCAUGCCAAACCAGAAUCCAUUGGCAGUGAGAGUGAAAUGGAGAUAUCCUCUGGAUCAUCUGAGCCUCUGAAUGUAGAUUUGCAGGGACAUGUACCAGACUGCAGUGUUCAUGAUGAAAGUGUUAUCAAAUCACAAAUCACAGAAACAGAAUCACUUAAGGGAGAGUUUUUAGAGGAAGUGAAAGCAAAGAAUAAAACAGUACUUGAGGAAGGAAACCAGAGUACAGAUGCCUCAACAGUCACUGAAGAGAAAGGACAGCAGACCACCGGUGAUCCAACAUCAUCAGUUGAUCAAGACAAAGCAAUGGAACAAUAUAGUAAAGCAGAUUUCUGUGUGGCAGGUGUCACAGUAGCUGAUAAUUGUAAUGAAACUAAUGCAGAAGAUAAGCAGGAACUAGAUCAGAAAAAUGGAAAUAGCAUGGAGUUUAUGGACACAUCGUCACAGCUGGCUGAAACAGCAACCAAUGACCUAAACAAGGGAGUUCCUCAACUGACAUAUCUUGAUGAAUGUAGUCCCACAAACAUUCCAGUCUGCGCUUAUCCUGAACUGUCCGAUGUACCAGAUAAUUUAACUUCAACCGAUGUUUUACCAUUUGAACGAUCCAUAAAUCAAGAUAAUCUGACAUAGAAUCAGCCUGGG